GCAGGCAAGGGAAGGGCAAGGCCUGCCUGACUCCUCCCCUUUUGGCUUAGUAGUCGCCAGACCCGGCUAGCAGGCAAACGCGCCUUUUCGUGCCGUGGGCGAUCAAAACAGUGAAAGCGAAGAAGAAGAACCCGCCAGGCGAGCUGGCUUUCUUUCUAGCUGCUUCCGCCACGAACACUUAGGUGAUCCAACUAAGCUUUGCAAAACUUGAUCAAAGCGAUCCGUGGAAGACACUUGGGAAGACUCGGAAUCCGGUAGCCGCAUCACUGACGAGCUGUAAGAAAAUCAUCAUGCUUAAGCCAGACUGGAGCCUUUGGUUUCUCUCUGUUGUCAGAGCUGUGAGUCUUUUCCCACCAAAGACCACUCCAUCUUGUGAUGCCACUCAUUUUUGCUCCUAUUCUUCCAUGAGUUUACAUGCAAUUCCUUCUGGUCUAAUGGAUGAUGUCACAGGGCUGGACCUGGCCUCCAACAGGAUAGAGCAAGUCAGGGAAAUGGAUCUGAAGUUUGCUGUCAAUCUUAUAACUCUUUUGCUCCAGUUUAACCAAAUCCGGACAAUUGAUGAGAAUGCCUUUCGUUUUCUUGUAAAGCUGGAACACUUGGAUUUAUCAAACAACAACCUGACCCACAUGUUACCUGCUUGGUUCAGACACCUUUCUUCCUUGCAACAGUUAAACCUAAAAGGUAACUACUACACACAACUGGGGGAAACCACCCUAUUUUCUGAUCUGCAAAAGCUGAAGUAUCUGCACUUGGGAAAUGACUUCUUCUCCACUCUACGGAAGCAGGACUUGACUGGAAUUUCACAUCUUGAGACACUAGAGAUUGAAGGACAACACCUCAACCAAUAUGACCAAGGAGCUCUAGACUCAAUUAAGCACAUAAAUCACAUUAUUUUAAAUGUUUCCUCCAUUGGGACUUUACUUAUGAUUAUAUUCGAUGUUAGAACAUCUGUGGAGUGUUUGGAAGUGCAAAAUAUUAAAAACUCUGACGUUCUAAAGUUUGACCAACCUGUUCCAUUCAAUCAACAUGAUUUCAUAUCAGCACACAAAAUUAUCUUAAGAAACAUUGAACUUUCAGAUAUGGCUUUUUUAAAGAUCGCACGCGUCAUUGCCAUUAUGAGUCAGCUGCAGGAGCUGGAGCUAGAAGAUAUCGUCUUUCAUGGUAAUGGGUAUCUACCUGAUAUUAAAAAUUAUGCCUAUCCAUCCCUAAAAAUAAUCACAAUAAGAAAUCUAAGAAAUAAUCAGUUUUAUUCAUUUUCAGAUCUUUCAACUGUGCGGUCUCUUGUAGGGAACAUUGUCAAACUUACAGUAGAAAAUACGCAAGUGUAUCUGGUGCCCUGUGAAUUAGCAUCCUCUUUUUCUUCACUGCAGUAUCUUGAUCUCAGUGUGAAUUUACUGCAGGAUUUUGCUUUGAGGUAUUCACUAUGUGCAAACGGCUGGCCUAAACUUAAGACUUUAAACAUUAGCCGAAAUUCUUUGCAAUCUUUUAAAACAGUUGUGGAAAGUGUAGCUAAUCUAAUAACACUAACGAGCCUGGAUAUCAGCCAGCAUGACUUCAUGCACAUGCCAGAACUAUGUGAGUGGCCAGCAAAUCUGACAUACUUAAACAUCUCUGGCUGCAAACUAGACAUGCUGACAGCUUGCAUCCCUCAGACUCUCAAAGUGCUGGAUGUGAGCAGUAAUGACCUGGCAGAGUUUAGGCUGAGCCUGCCACAGCUACAGGAGCUUUACCUCACAAGCAACAAGUUAAAAACCCUACCGGAUGCUACCUUCAUUCCUUAUCUUAGAGUUCUGACGAUUAGAGAAAAUACUGUAAUGGACUUCACUGAGCAGCAACUUGCAAACUUUGCAGAAAUGGAGGCAUUGGAUGCACGUUUCAACAGUUUCACCUGCCAGUGUGUCUUUCUCUCUUUCAUUCAGUCUCAUCAAAGAAUACCUAAUAUUUUGGUUGGUUGGCCUGAAAACUACAUCUGUGACCGUCCACCUUCUGUAAAGGGGAAGCAAGUUAACAUUGCCAAGUUAACACUGACUGAAUGCCACAGGUCUUUGGUGGUGUCCUUAAUCUGUAUCCUGAUGUUACUGUCAAUACUGGCAGGGGUCAUUCUCUGCUACAAGCUUCAUGGCAUCUGGUAUAUCCAGAUGACCUGGGCCUGGCUUCAAGCAAAACGCAAGCCCCAGAGAGCUCCCAACAAAGAAAUCUGCUAUGAUGCUUUCGUUUCCUACAGUGAGCAUGACUCUGAAUGGGUGGAAAGUGUAAUGGUGCAGGAGCUAGAGCAAGCUAACCCCCCAUUUAAACUCUGCCUUCAUAAAAGGGAUUUUAUCCCUGGCAAAUGGAUUGUGGACAACAUCAUUGACUCCAUUGAGAAGAGCUGCAAAACUCUGUUUGUGCUGUCAGAACACUUUGUGCAGAGUGAGUGGUGCAAGUACGAGUUGGAUUUCUCUCACUUCCGGCUUUUUGAUGAGAAUAACGAUGCAGUGAUUUUGAUCCUUCUGGAGCCCAUUCCAGAGAAAACACUUCCCAAAAGGUUUUGUAAACUCCGGAAGCUAAUGAAUACAAAAACCUACCUUGAAUGGCCAAGGGAUGAAGAUCAACAGCAAAUAUUUUGGUUUAAUUUGAAAGUGGCACUCAAAUCCUAGGAGCCAUGUCACAUACUUGACUGGUUCUGGUAGAACCAGCUUCAAGGCUAUUGGUCCCCUGUAAUGAAAAGUAUAUGUUAGGAAUAGACCACCUGCACUCUAGGCCCAGACCAUCAGGUUGUGAUGAUCUUCGAUCGUAAUAAACUGAAUUGAAUUGUUUCCAUCAGGCGCCUGCUAUGGCUACUAGACAACAUGCAGACUAACGAAGUGCCAGGCUAUAUGAGAUUUGUUGCUACUUCUGAGUUCCCGACUAAUGCAGCACCAGUGCUUGUGGGGAUGUGAAUUUAGAUCUCCCAUCCCCCAGAAGCCCAUUGUGCCACCUAAAAAUAUGUCCCUGAGGACUGCACAACAGCCCCUUAAGGACAUGUAUUUGGGCAGUGCAGAGCACUUCUGGGGAAAGGGGUAAGUCUUGAACCAAUACACUGCCCUUCCUCUGCAGUGUGAGCAGCAAUAAAAGGAGCCAAGGGACUGGCAAAAUAGAUGACUAGCUAAGGUACAUAUAGGGAGAAUGCUGGCAGAGCCUCUCUUCUGGUUUACACUGGAGAGAAAGGGAGCUCUUUGUGCCUUGGGUAGCAAAGGAGUGGGAAAGCCAAUCUUGCUGGUCCUUUAGCUUUGCUCAUUAAUAUUACACACACAGAGGUACUACUACUAUGAAUAUUUAUAUACUGCUUUUCGACAAAAGUUCUCAAAGUGGAAUGAAUGAGGUGGUUCCCUGUCUCAAAAGGGCUCAAAGACUAAAAAGAAACCUAAGACAGACCCCAGCAACAGCCACUGGAGGGAUGCUGUUCUGGAGAUGGAUAGAGAUGGUUGCUCUUUCCAUGCUAAAUAUAAGCGAAUCAUCACUUUAAAGUGUAAUUCUUUCCUCAGUCAACAGGGGUCUAGAUGAGUCAUUUUGCAGGUGUCUAGAAUCUCAUUUUGGCUACUGACUGGUGACAGUAUAGUUCACAGUAAUUACUUUGGAUGUCAGUGUAUAAUAAAUGUAGAAUCUGUACACUCCACUGCAGAAUCUCUGAUGUACACAUGAAGGUUCAGCAAAAGCAGGGGCUUUCUCAUUGGGAAUGUUCACAGUGUGUUUGCCACAUUUAUUACUGGGAGCACUAGGCUGUCAGGAUGCUGCUGCAGUUCAGUGUCCACUACUUACGCACUGAUCAAUGCCAUCCUAUCUUACUGUGUGAAUGAAGUAUUUACUGGCAACAAUCUGUCAUUAAAAAAAAAAAAUUAAGAAAAUUUCCACGAAAUGUAAAAAUGGAUCUGGCUGUCAGCCAAUCAUUCUGAAUUGGCAUUAACAGAUGCUGAAUUGCAAGCCAGUUAAGCUAAAGAAGCUAGAUUUGUUCGACCUAGUUGCUGUAUUCUUACUUCUGCGAGUGGGAAAGCAGGCAGGGGGAUUUUGAUUGCAAAAUGGCAAAGGCUUGUUCACCCCUCUCCAGGGCCAUUGCUGCAAUAAAAAUCCACAACACACUCACUUUCCCAAGGACAUUGAUUGGAGAGAAUUUUAUUGUAAAUGUACUGUUUUGUGAAAUAUAUUAAACUGAUUUUCAUCUCA